UUUCGAGACAAAAUAACGAUCCAGUAACAACAACACUCUGAUACAAUCACAAACACGAUCUAAUUUGUGACGCCACAACACAUUAACACGAUCCGGUAUCGACAUAACCCAAUAAUAUUGCAGGUACACAAACAUGACAAAACUUCAAAAUAAUCAAAGCAUUAUGUCCAAAUUGCGAGGAUUAGAUAUAUGCGCGACUUUCAAUCUUAUCUUUUCCUCCGUCAACUUGUCUCUCACUCUCUAUAAAGACAACCUACUCCAACCCCAAAUUUGUCCUCAACAAAGCAUUCAUAGAUAGAUAUAUAAUUAAUUUCUCCCUAUUCAAAUGUCUGCGAUGAUAAUGGGCACAGAUCUGAGCAGACUCCAAAUGAAAAGCAAAGCUCCCCAACAAAAACUUCAAGUAGUUGAGGAAAUUGAGGGCCUCAUUAAGGUACACAACGACGGCCACGUGGAUCGCCCCGAAAUCGUGCCAAAUGUUGGGUGCUCAUUGGUCCCUGACCUCGGGGUCACUUGCCGCGACGCGAUCAUCGACAAGUACACCAAUAUCUGGGCACGUAUCUACGUCCCAACCGCCGCCAACAAACUGCCCUUGCUCCUCUACUUCCACGGCGGCGGAUUCUGCGUCGGCUCCGCAUCCUGGAGCUGCUACCACGAACUACUCGCCAAGCUCGCCGCCAGAGCCGGCUGCGCCGUCUUCUCCGUCAGCUACAGGCUGGCGCCGGAGCACCCCCUCCCCGCGGCCUACGACGACGGCGUCAAGGCGGCGGUCUGGGCCAAGCAGCAGGAGUUCGCCGGCGUCGGCAGCGAGUGGUGGGCCGGCAGAUGCGAUUUCUCUAGAAUAUUCCUCGGCGGCGACAGCGCCGGGGCUAACAUCGCUUAUAAUGUGGGGCUGAGGGCGAAUUCAAUCGGCGUCGGAGUCAAGGGUUUGUUAUUGAUACAGCCGUUUUUCGGCGGCGUGGCGCGGACGCGGUCGGAGAUGUGCGUGGCGCGGUCGGCGCUGACGCUGGCGGCGUCGGACGCGUACUGGCGGAUGGCGCUGCCGGCGGGGGCGGGACGCGACCACCCGUGGUGCAGUACUGCGGGAUCGGAAUUUGGAAUUUUGCGGCGGGCGGGGGCGGCGGUGUUGGUUUGCGUGGCGGAGGCGGAUAUAUUGAGGGAUCGGAAUUUGGAAUUUUGCGGCGGUUUGGCGAGGGAAGGGGUGAGGGUGGAGCAAGUGGUGAGUAAAGGCGUUGGGCAUGCUUUUCACAUUCUGAAUAAGUCGCGUUUGGCUCAAACGCGUCUUCAUGAGUUGUUGUCGCAUGUAAAGAAUUUUGUGGGUAGAUGAUAUGAGUGGAAUUUCUUGGCCUCUCACCUUUUUUUUUAUGACUUGUUUGUAAUUGGUGUUAGAAUUAGAGAGUGAUUGAGAAGCCUUUUACAAAACAGUAAAUAUAUGGGGGACAAUAUGUUUUAAAAAUCAGAUUGGUCCUACCACGAACCGGUAGGUAAUCCGAUCCGAUUCAUCACUUAUUAUGUUAAACUGUUGUGAACUAGUGAAACCGGGCUGUUGGAAGGAUGAAAACUAUCAAUUUUGUUAACUGUACUAUAUUAAAUUUUUUGCAAAUUAUAUAAACCAAAUUAAUAAACAUCUCUCUCAUCGAA